CAGGACUGGAGCGGCGCGGCCACGUCCUUUAAAUAAGGCCUUUCCAGGGAUCGCGCGCCUGAGGAGUGGGGUGGAGCGUGUGCGGAGUGGGUGCUGCGGCCCGGGCCGGAGCCGCCGUGGACCACGAGUUGAGUGCAGAUUCUGGAGAAAUCGUGCCUCCGCUGGAGCUGCACUGCCAGGCAGUAGAAUUGUGAGCUUGAGUGAAGCAGAAAUCUAGGAAUAUGAGCUCCAUGAUGGCCAUCGGUGAACCAAGACUGAACUGGGAUGUUUCCCCAAAAAAUGGCCUUAAGACGUUUUUCUCUAGAGAAAAUUAUAAAGAUCAUUCCAUGGCUCCAAGUUUAAAAGAAUUAUGUAUUUUAUCUAACAGACGUAUAGGAGAAAAUUUGAAUGCCUCAGCAAAUUCUGUAGAAAAUGAACCGGCAGUUAGUUCAGCAACUCCAGCAAAGGAAAAAGUUAAAACCACAGUUGGAAUGGUCCUUCUUCCCAAACCAAGAGUUCCUUAUCCUCGUUUCUCUCGUUUCUCACAGAGAGAACAGAGAGGUUAUGUUGACUUAUUGGUUAAAUACGCAAAAACUCCUGCAAAUCCCAAAGCUGUUGGAAUAAAUAAAAAUGACUACUUGCAAUACUUGGAUAUGAAAAAACACGUGAAUGAAGAAGUUACUGAAUUCUUAAAGUUUUUGCAGAAUUCUGCAAAGAAAUGUGCACAGGACUAUAAUAUGCUUUCUGAUGAUGCUCGUCUCUUCACAGAGCAAAUGUUAAGAGCUUCUGUUGAGCAAGUGAAAAAGUAUCCAGAAUUCUAUACUCUCCAUGAAGUUACCAGCUUAAUGGGAUUCUUCCCAUUCAGAAUAGAGAUGGGAUUAAAGUUAGAAAAGACUCUUCUCGCAUUGGGCAGUGUAAAAUUUGUGAAAACAGUAUUUGCCUCGAUGCCUGCAAAGUUGCAGCUCUCAAAAAAUAAUGUCUUCCCCACUGAAACACCAGAGCAAACAGCUGCGGCUAUGCAUUACGAUAUUAGUAAAGAUCCAAAUGCAGAGAAGCUUGUUUCAAGAUAUCACCCUCAGAUAGCUCUAACUAGUCAGUCAUUGUUUACCUUACUGAAUAAUCAUGGACCAAACUACAAGGAACAGUGGGAAAUUCCAGUGUGUAUUGAAGUAAUCCCUGUUGCAGGUUCAAAACCAGUUAAAGUAAUUUAUAUUAAUUCACCACUUCCACCAAAGAAAAUGACAAUGAGAGAGAGAAAUCAAACCUUCCAUGAAGUUCCAUUAAAAUUCAUGAUGUCCAAAAAUACAUCUGUUCCAGUCUCUGCAGUAUUUAUGGACAAACCAGAAGAAUAUGUAUCUGAAAUGGAUUCCAUCUUUGGAAAUGCCCCUUGGAUUCUUGGGCGGGAAAAGAUGUCUUAUGAAGUUAACGAAUGCCGAAAAAUUGAGACCCUUGAAAAUUUGGACCUGGAUUUUGAUGAUGAUGUCACAGAACUCGAAACUUUCGGAGUGACCACCAGCAAACCAUCAAAGUCACCAAGUCCGGCAAGCACUUCCACGGUACCCAGCAUGGCACGUACUCCCACGGGCUCCAGCACAGCAGCCUCGUCUGUGGCACCAGCUGCACCAGACAUUCCUGCUCAUGCUAGGAGUUUAUCUCAGAUUCUUAUGGAACAGUUACAGAAGGAGAAACAGCUGGUGACUGGUAUGGAUGGUGGCCCUGAAGAGUGCAAAAAUAAAGAUGACGAGGGAUUCGUACCGUGUGAUGAAAAGGUAUCAGAUUCUGACAGACCUUCAGUACCAGAUAGUGACUUGAAAACAUCUGAUGCUUUGCAGUUAGAGAGUACUACAGAAAUUGAAACCUCUGAUAAAAAUGAUGCAGUUACUGAUAAGAUAUAUGACCAUGAAAAACUAAAUGUGGACGAGAUCACAGAUAAUUCAAAGGAAAAGACUGUUACAUCAGAAGCAGCUGAAAAAACUGAAGACGUAAUGCUUUGCAAUAGUGAUACAGAUGAAGAUUGUCUAAUCAUUGAUACAGAAUGUCAAAAUAAUAGUAACGGAAAGACAACUGAUGUGGGUUCUAAUUUAAGUUCUAAACCAGCUAACCCAAAUUCCUUAGGACAGGCAUCUGUAGGAAACCAGACCAAUACUACUUGUAGUCCUGAAGAGUCAUGCGUAUUAAAAAAACCUAUCAAACGAGUAUAUAAAAAAUUUGAUCCAGUUGGAGAAAUUUUAAAAAUGCAAGAUGAACUCUUAAAGCCAAUUUCCAAAAAAAUACCUGAAUUGCCUUUAAUGAAUUUAGAGAAUGCUAAACAACCCCCUGUUUCUGAGCAAUCCUCUGCUCCCUCAGAUGCCUCUUGUUGGCCAAAGUCAGCAUGGCCUUCUGUGUUUCAGAAACCAAAAGGACGAUUACCAUAUGAACUUCAGGACUAUGUUGAAGAUACAUCAGAAUAUGUAGCUCCUCAGGAAGGAAAUUUUGUUUACAAGUUAUUUAGCCUGCAAGACCUGUUGUUACUUGUGCGAUGCAGUGUCCAGAGGAUAGAGACCAGACCACGUUCUAAAAAACGGAAGAAAAUCAGAAGACAAUUUCCAGUUUAUGUACUCCCAAAAGUGGAGUAUCAGGCUUGUUACGGAGUUGAAGCUUUAACUGAAAGUGAACUUUGUCGCCUAUGGACUGAAAGUUUACUGCAUUCUAACUGCUCAUUUUAUGUUGGACAUAUCGAUGCAUUUACUUCAAAGCUUUUCCUGCUAGAAGAAAUUACCUCAGAAGACCUGAAAGAAAAGCUUUCAACACUCAAGAUUUCAAGUUUAUUUAACAUCCUCCAACACAUUCUAAAGAAAUUAAGUAGCUUGCAGGAGGGUUCCUACUUGUUGUCUCAUGCAGCAGAAGAUUCUUCACUCCGAAUCUACAAGACCUCUGAUGGAACAGUUACUAGGACAGCAUACAAUUUGCAUAAAACAUAUUGUGGCCCUCCUGGUGUACCUUCCAGUCUCUCAGUUCCCUGGGUCCCAUUAGAUCCCAGUCUCUUACUACCGUAUCAUAUCCGUCAUGGAAGAAUACCUUGUACUUUUCCACCUAAAUCACUAGGUCCUACACCACAACAAAAGGUUGGUGGAACAAGAAUUCCUCCACACACCCGCAGGAAUCCAGUUUCCAUGGAAAUUAAAAGUCUGCCUGCCCAGCAAGUUGAAAAUGAAGGAGUAGCUCCAAAUAAAAGAAAAAUAACUUAACAACUCUACCAUGGAAAAUGAGGAAAAAGGCAGUUAUGACAAUGUUCAAUUAAAAAAAGUUUGAGGGGAAAUAUGCCUAAAAGAGUAGACAAGAUUAGCAUUUUUCUUUUAGUGUCCUUGAGAGUUCUUAGAGUGCCUUGAAAAAUGUGGCUGUGUGAAAAAAUGUUUUAGCUAAACUGGAGUGGGAUACUCUUAACAAUUCAUGCUUGAGGAAAAUCUAGACAUGUUUUAACGUUACCAUGGCAGGGAAACAUAUAGAGAAGAAAAAUAUUUUUAUAGUAAACCUUCUCAAAAAUUUUUAAAUAGAAAAACAAUUUACUUUUUUCAAAAGCAAUAUUUAUCAUCUGUGUUUUAUUAGUAAUUUGAGUUAUAUCAUCAGUCUGAGAUUGGCUCAAAAGGUUAAAUCUUGCCACUGUUAGAUAGUUUUGAGCAAUGUAAGCUUUGUUUCUGACCCAUAGUGGCAGUUUUUAUGUAAUAUUUUAGAACUACAAUUGUUCCAGUUUAAUAAAGUUAAUACCCUCAAAAACUUGGUGAAAUUCCACUGCAGAAGCCAAAAAUUGAAGAAAAAAAUCUCCCUGCCUCUGAAAACGCAGUUAACAAUUUCUUGCUGAAAAAUCAGAAGUAUGUUUAAAACAAAGCAAAACAAAACUUGUGGUGUAACAAGUUUGGUGAUGAAUGCCUCUCUUUCUUUACAUAAGUUCCAGCUUUCAAAUAUACCACUGUAAACAGACAUGAACAUAUUUUCCAAAAAAAUUGCAUUAUUUCAACUGACAAGGCUAAUGUGUGAUAAAACAUAAGCUGUUUUUUCCCUCAUCUCUACAGAUUAAUUUAAAUUUUCUAGUACUGCAGAUUAAUUUGGAAAAGGGCAUGAGGAACUGAUGUCACUGUAGCCAUUUUGGACUUAAGAAGCAAUGCACUUACUUAAUUUUUGUAUACCUGUUCUUUUUCUUUCUUUUUAUUGAAGUGUAGUUGACAUAUUAGUUUCGGGUGUACAACAUCAUAAUGUGACAGUUACGCCCACCACAAUAAGUGUACUUACCUCCUGUCACCAUACCAAGUUAUUACAAUACCAUUGCCCAUCUUCCCCAUGCUGUACCUUUUAUCCUGUGCCUUAUUUAUUUUAUAACUGGAAGUUUGUACUUCUCAAUCCCCUUUACCUAUUACACCUAUCACCCCACCCACCUCCUGUCUGGAACCCAGCAGUUUGUUUCCUAUAUUUAUCAGUCUUGGGUUUUUGUUUUUUCUUUGUUUACUCAUUUAUUUUGAAUUUUAGACUCCACAUGUAAGUGAAAUCAUGGGGUAUUUGCCUUUUUCUCUCUGACUUAUUUCAUUUAGCUUAAUACCAUCUAAGUCCAUCCAUUUUUGUCACAUAUGGCAGGAUUUCAUUCUUUUUUAUGGCUUAGUAAUACCCCAUCGUGAAUUUAUGCUACACCUUUAUUAAUCUGUUGAUGGACAGGUUGCUUAAAGUCUUGGCUUUUAUAAAUACUGCUGCAAUAAAUAUAGGGAUACAUGUA